ACAGUCAGGGCGGAACUGCUGUUCACAGAAUGUGGAGGGAGGACGGACCUCGGAGCGGAGUUACAGCGAAUCUAAACAACUAAGUUAACAUGGCGGCCUGCUAGCUUCAGCCUACCUUGUUUUACGAGGACCCCGCGGAGCCUUCCUCGCCCUGUUUAUGGGUGUUUCUGCGCGGUUUGAACUUCCCUCACAUUCUCCCCCGACGUGUUUCCACGAAGGGAGGCGGCGGCGGCGGCGGAGCGCUCGGCAGCCAUCUUUGGACCUGCCUGGGAGUGGGACUCGACUACUCCGGCUCCCCAGAUACUUCAAGGCUCUGAACACAUAUGAGACCACUGUCCUGCAGAUGAGACAUCGGUGGGGGCUUUCAAGUCGCUGUCGCCCCCCAACUCCCCAUUAUGCCCAACAGCAGUCGGGCGGGGAGCCUGAAGGACCCCGACGUAGCUGAACUCUUCUACAAGGAGGACCCGGAAAAGCUCUUCACAGAUCUGCGCGAGAUCGGACAUGGAAGCUUCGGUGCAGUGUAUUUUGCACGUGAUUCACGGACAACUGAGGUGGUGGCCAUCAAGAAGAUGUCCUAUAGUGGAAAGCAGUCCACUGAGAAAUGGCAAGACAUAAUCAAGGAGGUGAAAUUCUUGCAGAGCAUACAACACCCAAACAGCAUAGAGUAUAAAGGAUGUUACCUGCGAGAGCACACAGCCUGGCUGGUUAUGGAGUAUUGUCUCGGCUCUGCCUCGGAUUUGUUGGAAGUUCACAAGAAACCUCUGCAAGAAGUUGAAAUAGCUGCAAUUACCCAUGGUGCUCUUCAAGGGUUGGCUUAUCUUCACUCCCAUAACUUGAUCCACCGAGAUAUCAAAGCAGGAAACAUCUUGCUGACAGAGCCAGGGCAGGUUAAACUGGCAGAUUUUGGUUCUGCCUCCAUUGCCUGUCCUGCCAACUCCUUUGUGGGGACUCCAUAUUGGAUGGCCCCAGAAGUCAUUCUAGCUAUGGACGAGGGUCAAUACGAUGGAAAGGUGGACAUUUGGUCUUUGGGAAUAACCUGCAUUGAAUUAGCUGAGAGAAAACCUCCACUGUUCAACAUGAAUGCAAUGAGUGCCUUAUACCAUAUAGCACAGAAUGAGAGCCCCAUGCUGCUGUCUAGUGAAUGGACGGAUUAUUUCCGAAACUUUGUAGACUCAUGCCUUCAGAAAUUUCCCCAGGAUAGGCCCAACUCCGAGGAGCUGUUAAAGCAUGCAUUUGUCCAGCGUGAACGACCAGAAUCGGUUUUAAUGGACCUGAUAAAUCGGACAAAGGAUGCAGUGCGGGAGCUGGACAAUCUGCAGUAUCGCAAAAUGAAGAAGCUCUUGUUCCAGGAAGCCCACAAUGGCCCCACAACUGAGGCACAAGAUGAAGACGAGGAGCCAGAACACAAUGUGGGUAGGACAGGUACCGUGAACAGCGUCGGGAGCAACCAAUCAAUCCCCAGUAUGUCAAUCAGUGCCAGUUCCCAAAGCAGCUCCGUCAACAGUCUAACAGAUGCAGGUGAUGACAAGAGUGAGGUUGACAUGGAGGGAGACCACACAGUCAUGUCCAACAGCUCUGUCAUACACCUCAAACCGGAUGAAGAGGCGUAUAAUCAAGAGUCUGAACCUAACACCCGGCCAACUGAGCAACAGUCGCCACCUGCACAAACUCCACGGCCAAAACGAAACCGCGAGCACUUUGCCACAAUACGUACAGCCUCAGUGCUCACUCGCCAGAUUAAAGAGCACGAGCAGGAUUCUGAGUUAAGGGAGCAGAUAUUGGGCUACAAGCGCAUGAGACGGCAGCACCAGAAGCAGCUGAUGGCUCUGGAAAACAAGCUGAAGGCUGAGAUGGAUGAGCACAGACUCCGACUGGACAAGGAGCUGGAGAAUCAGAGGAAUAGCUUUGCCCAGGAGAUGGAGAAACUCGUCAAGAAGCACCAGGCAUCGAUGGAGAAAGAUGCAAAAACCGUUAGCAAUGAUGAAAAGAAGUUCCAGCAGCAUAUCCAGAGUCAGCAGAAGAAAGAGCUCAACAGCUUCCUCGAAUCCCAAAAACGGGAGUACAAACUUCGCAAGGAGCAACUUAAAGAGGAGCUGAAUGAAAACCAGUCAACACCCAAAAAAGAAAAACAGGAGUGGCUGUCCAAGCAGAAAGAAAACUUCCAACACUUCCAAGCAGAGGAGGAGGCCAAUCUACAGCGCAGACAGAGGCAGUACCUGGAACUGGAGUGCCGCCGGUUCAAACGGAGGAUCUUGAUUGCUCGCCACAAUGUUGAACAGGACUUAGUACGAGAGGAACUAAACAAGCGUCAGACCCAGAAGGACUUGGAACAUGCCAUGCUUCUCCGCCACCACGAGUCAAUGCAAGAGCUAGAGUUCCGCCAGCUCAACAACAUCCAGAAGACGAGGGCCGAGCUGAUCCGCCUGCAGCACCAGACCGAACUCCACAAUCAGCAGGAGUACAACAAGAGAAGGGAGAGGGAACUUCGACGCAAACAUGUCAUGGAGGUUCGCCAGCAACCCAAGAGCCUCAAGUCCAAAGAGCUACAGAUCAAGAAGCAGUUCCAGGACACCUGUAAGAUCCAGACCAGACAGUACAAAGCACUACGGAACCAUCUGUUGGAGAACACGCCAAAGUCCGAGCACAAGGCCGUCCUUAAACGGCUAAAGCAGGAGCAGCACCGCAAACUCGCCAUCUUGGCUGAGCAGUAUGACCACUCCAUCAAUGAGAUGCUCUCAACUCAGGCGCUCCGUCUGGAUGAGACUCAGGAGGCUCAGUGCCAAGCCCUUCGAAUGCAGCUACAGCAGGAGCUGGAGCUUCUCAACGCCUACCAGAGCAAAAUCAAGAUGCAGACAGAUGCCCAGCAUGAACGCGAGAGGAAGGACCUGGAACAGAGAGUGUCAAUCAGGAGGGCCCUGCUCGAACAGAAGAUUGAGGAGGAGAUGCUGUCCUUGCAGAAUGAACGCUUGGAGCGAAUCCGGAGCUUGCUGGAACGUCAAGCCCGAGAAAUUGAGGCUUUUGACUCGGAGAGUAUGCGCCUGGGCUUCAGCAACAUGGUGCUAUCAAACAUCUCCCCUGAGGCCCUCAGCAACAGCUUUCCUGGGGCUUCAGGCGGCUGGAGUCAUCAUCAUCAGUACCACCAAUCUGGGAGCUCUCAAGGGCCACACUGGGGCAGUGGCAGUUCAGGCGCAGGUUCAAGCCACCAAGGCAGCAUUCACUCUUAUCACUCCAGUCCAGGAGGGGCAUCUAUGCAGCAGGGCUGGGGGCAGGGAGGUGGGAGUCCAUCACCGUGGGGCCACCCGUCAGCAGGAUCCCUGGUGUCCCGCAGCAGUGCAGGUGUACAGAACAGCCCCCAAGCAAUGGGGAGGACACCCUCAGGGGGACGCAGUGAGCAGGCAAUGAGCAGGAGUACCAGUGUCACGUCUCAAAUAUCUAACGGGUCACACCUCUCCUACACAUAGAUCCCCCGUCAGCUAUGGAGUCAGCAUUGAGUGUGGAGACGAUAGAAUCCAACAAACGCAGCAGGGUAUUGGCUGAGCUCCGCUGCUCUGUCUCUCUCUGUGACACCCCUCCAUUUCUCCCAUGUACAGAUGUGGAUGUGUGAUUAAAUAAAUGUUGCUCAGGUCAAAAGGGCUGGAAAAGGCACAGCCCGUCCACACGGCAGUUUAUCGGCACACAUACAGAUCCUUAAAUUCUAUGUUAUAUAAGCAGUUUGAGUGUCAACACAUAAUACUCCCUUUUUGUUUUUAUUUACAGCUCUCUCCUAUGGAAUAUG